AUGCACGGCCGCGCGCGGCGUGGGGGCAAGCGGGGCGCCGAGUAUGGCCAGACGAUUUUGCCGGUCGGCGAGCUGCCAGCCGACUUUAAUGGCGUGCCGCUUGACGGUGAGCAGUACCUCGCCAUGGUGCGGCGCGAGGCGAGUAUGCAACCCCGCAUUCUGUACAGCGCCGCGCACGCAACGACGGCGCCGGCCGCACAGGCUUUGAAAUCGAUACCCGCCGAAACGACCUCCUUUUUCCCGGAUGCGUCGUGGCGUUCCGUGUUCCUCGAGCGCUUCGAGCGCUUGCACAAGUCGCUGAAAGCGCCGCCGCCACGCAGCGUGCAAGGGCGCACCCGAGUCCCGGACGUGAGCGACGAAGCCGCGUGGUACCGCUUUGUGCAUGGGCGUGCGCCGCCGGACGCGGACGAACGCAGUGCGAUGCUCGACGGCGCCUUGUCCGAUACGGAGUCGUUUGCGAGCGCAGCAACGUCCGAGGCCGAAGUUGACGAUAUGCUCGAGAGCGAGCCGACUGGCGACGUCCUCGUUGACCACUAUGGCUUUGCAUUCCAGGAGCCGAGUAUGCGCAUUCUCACUGCGCUCGACACGGACGAUACAUUGCGCCUCAUCCAGCUAUUCCGCAAGUGGAUGCAACAGCCGUACUUUGUGCUCCCCUACGACGACGCCCCGCUGCGCUAUGCGCUGCAUCCCCUGCACACCCGCUGGCUCUUUUCUCUCCUUGCCCACCUCGACCGGCGUUUGUCGGGCGAAGAAAUCGCAGGCCUCCGCGCGCUUGCGCGCUCAUGCAUUGCCGCACUCACGCAUGUGCGCAGCCUACGUGCCCAGGCUAUGGCAGAUAGUGACGAUGACUUCCUCGAGCAGGAGUCCGGCGCAUGGAUGCUCCUGGUGAUCGUCGCCGGCGUCUGGGGCCAGCGCGACCUGUGGGACGAAGCGAAAGCACGCACCUCCACUCCCUCGGCCCCCUAA